GGGAAAAGAGAAAACAAGAAGAAGGAGAAGAAGAAGAAGAAACCCCCAAGACCACGCGGAUCCGUGACGCCUCCGACCGAACCGAACCCGUGCCCACGAGCGGUGAUGGGACUUCAUCCCGCAUUCAUCAAUCCAGGGACCUCGCUCGUUCCCGAUCACACAGCAACCCCGGCGGCCCGCCCUGCAAAGGCCAAAAAGAAGAAGAAAGCAGAAACGCCGUUACUCGAAAAAGGCAAGGUUCCGGACGGGGAGAGAUCCCGUCUCGACCUUCGCGGCCCACGGGAACAUGGAACAUAAGAGAAGAAGAAGGAGGAGGAGGACCGACAUCCCGCGGCGAUCUACGCGGCAGCUCCUUUUCGGGGACGAGAGGGGAUUUUCUCCCCUUUCGGCGUCGAGAGCAGAGGAGAAGAUGUCCCUUCUGGUCCGGUCGGGCCCCCUCGAGGGCCGUGGGGUCGGCGGCGUGACGGGAGCGUCUCCGCCCGACCAUCGCUCAUCGCGCCUGCACGCUUCAGAUCCUCCCGCUGAGGACCUCUUCGAUGCCGCCGAGCGCGGGUCCGAAACGCGGUCGAGGCUCGAUGAGGGAGAAGAUGAGUUCCUCGGAGAGCAGGGACCGCUCCUCGUCCUGCUCGAUCUCCAUGAUGCUCUUCUUCCGCCGGAUGAGGUAGCGGCUGGAGGAGUCGACGCUGCCGUUCCGGCUGCCGCUGCUGGCGCCGAUGGAGAGCGAGGAGAGGUUCUGGCUGAGCGUCAGGCCCGGGAAGUGGUGGCCCGCGGCGCUGCUGAUGCUGCUGAGGGGCGAGGUGAUGAAAGACGUCGAGGGGGAGACGCCCGUGGGUGAGGAUGUGUGCGGGAUGGCGAAAAAGGACGUCCGUAGGCGUUGGAGGGAGUCCCGGGUGGAAGUCGUGGGUUGGGAGGGCGAGAAGGGCGAUGGGCUUGUCGUGCUCGAAGCCAUUUUGUCUUUGAUGGUUGGUUCUCUUGCUU